CCGCUUCUCGUGUGAGAUAUGUUGGUUUUAAUUUCCAGAUACUUCACCAUGUUCCCGAAGAGUUCCGACGAUGAUCAACUGCUGGGCGAUGUCCUUAAGAUGUUCAGUCGCGUAAUCACAGACUCGUACCCAAUUGCUCCUGAUGAUUUCCUCGGAUGGUUGGCUCACGUGAUCAUGACACCAGAUAGCGCAAUUACGUCACUGCUGCAUGUCAGAGAGGAGCCUGGGAAUAGCGCUCAAACAGAAUCAAAGAGGUAGGCGAUAUGGUUAACACCCCCUUUCGAUUCUUUACCUUUUAUUUCUACGAAGCUUGAAAAAAUAACUAGUAAAUAACUUGUUUUUCUUGCACCUGUAGAUUGCUUCGUAAAGAUUUACUAGAAUUUCUCGCCGUAUUUGUUCGAAGACUACGAGGUGUUUCCAAGCCGUGGUUAUGGUCAGGUGAGAUGGUUUAUGCCGGCGACUUUACACUCAGCUUGACUCUGAAUCUCAAUCUGACAGACAGUCCUCAGUAUUAUGACCUGCCAGUGUUGGAAAGUACCCUAGAAUGUUUGGUUGAGAUUACUGCUAUUCCUGGCUUCAGUGCCGCUUCAAAGUUGGUCGACCCCAAAGAGCUUUGUGUGGAUAUCCUAACGAGUCUACUUCAGGUGAGCAAUUUAUGCUCUACAUGCAGGGGGUGUAUCAAAAGAAAGGUUAUCCAACUUCAGAGUUCCCUCAAACAUUUCUUACAAAUCCUUCAAAACGUAGAAUUUACCGAUGCAAAAUUCCUACUGUGAUCACAGAAACUUUGAUAGUGUAAACCAACCUUUACUGAGACUCACUAAUAGACCUUUCCCCUUUUGAGUGAAAUUUUGAUCUAGACAAGUCUGGACAAAAAUUUCAUCACAGCUUGAAAGAGCAUCACAAAAUUAGUAAUAUUCCGACGUUUUGUUGCGAAAUGUUGUAAAAUGAGGAUAAUAUAGCCUUGCGAAGUUUGCCGUUUUUCAGUCAUUUUGCAUUACAAACGGGAAAUUUAUAAUCAGAUGAUGAAACUGAUUAUCAAUUUCCCAUUUGUAAUACAAACUGACUGAAAAACGGCAAACUUCGCAAGGCUAUAUUAUCCACAUUUUACAACAUUUCGCAACAAAACUUCGGAAUAUUACUAAUUUUGUGAUGCUCUUUCAAGCUGUGAUGAAAUUUUUGUCCAGACUUGUCUAGAUCAAAAUUUCACUUAAAAGGGGAAAGGUCUAUUACCACGGUGUUCAACUAGACGUGUUUAAGGUGUUUUCCAUGUUCUCUGUUUUUCCAAGGUGCUGACAGCGUUCAACGCAGGCCGUCUUGGGGCUAUGACGUCAUUCAUGGGUCGUGGAGUCACUACGUCUGUCAGUUUGUGUCUCACCCAUCUCGUCCAUGAAAUAACUUCAGUUUUAAAAAUCAAGGUACUUGUUGUAAACUUUUGAUCGGAAUUAGAGCUAUCCAGUAUAAAUAAAGAUAGCUUAGUGUCUUCUCAUUUAUAUUUCGUUGACAGGACUGGCCCUCAUUAUUCCCAACAAUCACAGACAAUGGCAACAACGCGGACUUUCCCUGGCUGUCAACAAUGUGGACAGAUCAUCUUGCCGAAGUUCGCUGGUGUGGUCUCGCCAUUGCUACACACAUACUGCAACAGACUGGCUCACCGCUCAGUAUCAAACAAAACUUUGCCGGAGGUUUAUGGAACUUGGCCGUCAUCAUACUCAUGGAUGGCAGGGAAUGCUGCUUAGUUCGAGACCAGGUAGAGAAAAUAACAGUUAUACCUGUGUCCUGUGAAACAAUUUUUAACAAGUUUUUAAAGAACGAACUCUGUAUAUAAACUUCGAGAUAUAACUGGAGUACCGUAGUCAAGUUGACAAAUGUUGGCCUUCACGUUUUGCUUUUUAUUUGGCUAAACCCUCAUUCGUUGUUGCAUUAUACAUUGUAAUAAGACCAUACCUUGUCUUUGGUCUUAUGGAAUAGUAUAGGCGGCUUUGCACUUGUUGGGAUACUGCAGCUCAUUGUGACUGACUCUAAAAGAAAAAUAUAGUUAUCAGACUGUCUAAAUUCUUGAGUACAUGCACUGACCUUGUAUUUAGUGGCACAUACAUCAUAUGAUGCUAACAUUUGAAAUUAUUUUAUCGCUCCUAUAAGAGUUUGUACAUUUGAAGAUGACGCCUAUGUUUGUGAAACUUCAUCUAGGCUACGAUACUAUUUUCUACACUUCUUGCAUGUUUGAAGAAGAAUGAAGAUAACCAGAAGUACGAAACUGGUCUCAUGGUUCAAACUGAGAAUGUAAGCAUACUUACUGUGUUUGUGAAACGUUGUGUGUAGUAUUCAAAUAAUUUCUUCGUGUUCACUAUUCAGUGAUAAAAAAGGUAAAUUUUUUACACUUGAGUAUUUAUACUCGAUAACUCUAUCCUCUGAAGAGGUUCAGUAACGACAGUCCUUUUAUAUCGGUUGAGUGUUAUAACAGAAGGAAACCCAGUACCUGGAGAACACCUGGGGUGUUUGGUAAAGUCAAACUGCAAGCAUUCUUUACACAUGCGACUGAGGUGAAAUUAUAAUCAACUGUAUGUUGCAUGAAUCAUACUCUUGUCACAGUGGUGAAUGGACUAUGAGAUCAGUGCGUGAAAGGUACAUACAAUAAGACUACGCGUAUGAAAUUACUAAAAGUAUUUUAUUUAUUAAAGGAAAUAAUCAGCGGUGUCCCAGCGCUACACUUGUUACUCGCCCAUCACAUGUUCUACUCAAGUUUCCAUCAAAUGUUACGUAAUCUUGUUACCCAGAAUACGCCUCGUCUUCCGGGAACCGCGACCUUUGCAGAGAGCCUGAGCACUAGUAGUACUCGUUCCAGAUAUGGUAUCCCGUACCAGUCUCUUGAUACAGACAGUCAGCGCAGCAGUAGUCGGUCGUCAACGGAAACCACGACGCUGACGUCAUCAAGCUUGACGAGAGAUUCCGGGAAACGGUUACUUCGGGAAUCGCCCGAGACUCUGAGUGUUAGCGAAAGUACAGGAGAAUCGACCCGAGCGUCCUCGACAAUCCCAUUGCUCACGGGGAGUAGGGUGGUGUCUGAUACUACAGGGUAAGUAUAGGGAGGGAACUGGGAGUCAGGUGGGGCAGUGUGGAACUCUGUUGUGAAACUCGACGUAUAAAAAGCAUUUCAUCUCUCGAUGUUUUUAGGAAUGAAAAUCGUUCCUCGACCUCACCUACGUCCGUGGAGUCCCUCGAGAUUCUCGCGUGGGUGAGUCCGCGUUUCGUGGGCUCUCUGAGUGGCCUGGUGACUAACUUGGUACAGGUUUCUCCCGAGACUGUUUUAGACAAAGUUAAAGGCGAGGAUGUUUUAGGGAUUUUUGUUAGGUAAGAGUUGAAAGUAAAUAUACUUACACGAGAAACAGUUGUAUUGUUGAUAGUGAUUUGAAAACUCGUUGAAAAACAAGGCACUACAGGAUUUUAAAAAAUAAUUUGAAGGUUUUUUUUUAAGUCACUGUAAGGAAAGGCCACUUAGAUUACAUCUAUUCGGUGAUAAAACUUAAUAUAUAGUAUAUUAGUAUUAAUUACAAAGCGAAUUUAACAGAUAAAUAUGUCAUUUAAAUCUUUCUAGCCAUCUUGACAGCAAGUAUGCAGUUUCUUUGAUAUCCCAACUCGAGACAAGCAGCACUGUGACGUCACAACAAGGCUAUGACGUCGCUAUUACGUCGCAACAACGUCACCUCGAGAUGAAUCUGAUUGACACAUUGGAUAUGUACAGACAUAUUUGUGUACUGUUGAUGACCUGUGCUGGGAAGGAUCCACUUAUAUCACACGCUUUACAACAGAACAGUGUCGUAUUAGAAAGAAUUUUGCUGUUGUUUGAUAUUAACUGCUGUAGUGUGGGUAGGAAUGUUCAAACGUCCUGUCAUCGUAUGUGGGGAAGUGUCGUGGUUUUAUUCAUGUUGUUGGUUAAAACAGUUAAAGAAAACCAUAUCUUGGAAACACCGCUUGAAGAAAUGUUGUUCAAAUAUUGGAACAUAUUCACAGGUAAAUAAUCCUCGCACACAGACGGACAGGCGAACGAGGUAUAUCUCAAAUUGUUUUCUAUUUGUCUCCAAAUGCAAAGCUACUACCCAUAAAGAAAAGAUUUAACAUAUUGAUAACUAUCUUUUGUACCAUAUAGUGCUUAGUGAAACACAUUGUCUUCACUCAUAUUCACACAUUUUUACUUCAAAGCAUUUUUAAAAAUCUUCCACCAUCUAGCUGCGUUUAAAGAUGUUAUGCUCGCGGACGAGACAACAAUACGUACAAACUUUCUUCAUCUGCUGUCACACUUGCUCUUACGUGAAGGCAAACGUACGACAUCGGGAAAGGGUGGUAACCAGAAGCUCACUCGUUUACUGGACACUGACGAUACACUGGGCAAAGAUACAGAAACAGUUGACGAUGUAACAAGCCUUCACAACGAAAAAUCAACAUGGGAGGAGAAACUGGAAUUCAAAGGCAAUGGCGCUGAUCUUUGUCAUAUUCUGUACGGAAUGUAUGACAGCGAUAAACAGACGAAGGGAGGCAUCGAGGAAAGAAAGUUCGUUGUGUUGGUACUUCGAAAUUUGUUGUGCAUCAGUUAUACAGCAAAAGAAACUGCAACUGAAGGUAAAUUCCGCAACAAAAUCCGAUGAAAACAUUUAUGCAGCAACGUUUCCUGGUGUUCUCAGGGCUCUAAAGUUCGCAUGGCUGAGGAGAUCCAAGGAUAAACAGAGUUCUCUGCACUCAACAGUCAGCCAUACAGUUUGCAACUAAGACGUUCAGUCGUGUAAAGUAGAAAAAAAUUUUAUCAUUUAUGUAUAUUUUAUACAUUCAUCUUUUUCUCAUUAGCUGGAUUCCUCGCCAAAUCUUUGGACAAGAUCAAACAGCUACAUUAUCAACUGAACAUGGAAUCUCUGGAGACAGCAAAACCUGCAGGUCCACGGAAGAAGGUAGGAGUCAUUUGAAAUAAUCAUCAUCGUUGUCUUAUCGGUCUUGAUUGGAUAUUCCUGGCUUUUAUUUUACAUCGUCCAUGAUUUUAUAUAAUAUCUGCAAGUUACUCCAUUGGAAAUCCAGUAUCUUCCUAGAUUUGAUUAAUGUCUUUGCAGGCUGCAAAGCCAACCAAGGUUAUCACUUUUCUUUGGUAGUUCCUCAUGAAAUUCGCAAUGUGUUUCUUUGAGGUUAUAUUUAGUACAACCCUAAAGUAAGUCAGUGUCCGUACUGUCUGUUUCUUAUUGUGAUUGCCCUGCUGCUAAGCCAUACGGCAAUACACUUUAUAGUUGUUAAAAAUACGCCGUUCUUCUAUGAAAUUGUCUAGAUGUGUUUUUAUUUCCUGUAGGAAAUGGAUCUUCUCAACGAGAUUGUCCGUGUGUUGGAACUUUUGAAAAAUCUACUGUUCAGAUCAAAUGAAGCGAAGGUAUUGAUUGAAAAUAAAUGAAUGAGAGUUAGGCAAGGGGAUUAACCAGGUUAUUGGCUCAUGUCUCUUGUUAACCCAUUAAUCUGCAAAGCAUUAGGAUAUUGCGCCCUCCUUCGUUAUUUUACUCCGCUAACAUAAAAUGAAUUUACUCAUGAAGAGAAGUGUUGUACUUCAACUGAUUUAUCCUGACAUUUUCGUUCCAGCUAAGAGCAAUCGAUGCUGGUGUUGUAUCUGUGCUUCAACAGCUUUGGUCUUGGUGUACUGUAGUGAAAACAAUUUGCUUGGCUGUUCUUGAGCUUUUGUGUACCUUAACUGCACGAUGUCCGCAAGGUUAGUAGAAACAAAUUUUAGAGCGUUUCAGCGUUUUUGUUACAUACAAAAUGUAUGGAGAACGUUCGUCACAAAUUUCCCCUCUUAAUCAAAGUAUCUAUCCAGGAAAGCCAUAAUCUUGAUGGCCCAAUUUAAAGAAAACGUAUAUGAUAAUUUUCUCUAUGGUUCGUCCGAUGUCGAUUUUCUCUACGGUUCGUCCUGAUCUUUCUAUGUAUAUAAAUAUGACAUGUUCUCACGACCAUUCACUGGUAGUAUAUAUCGCGCUAUUCUGGCUAGUUUGUUUUGUCUUGUUUUCACACACGCUUCUUUGGUGUAAUCAAACCACAAAUGCGCUAAUUUCUUUUGUUCGUAUUUCAGCGUCAAUAGCAAUGUCAAACACGUCAAGUGGUGUCGGAUCGUCAGUUCGUUUGGGUCCGUCUAACAACACCUUUGUUCACUGCGUCAUCAAAAUGGCAUCCAAAUAUGGCGGCAAACUUUUGAACAAUUCUACUGGACAUGGUAACCUGGCCUCCUGUCAGAUACUGUUCUCCUUGCUAAAGAAUAUGGCUAUGACGUCAGAGUGUCGGGGUAUUAUGUGGAAGGUAGAGAGCUACUAUUUGAAGCAUUCAAUAACUUGGAAAGCACAUUAGAUUAUUUUUAACUCUACUCAAAUGGUAUUCUGUACAGCACUACAACAUUAGAUUAACCUGUUUUCACUUAAAUCUAAAUUAAACUAACUUCAUUUGUAUUGGAUACAGUAGCUCUAAACUGUUCUCCCAAAUGGUAGAAACCAACUCCUAAAUUGGUCAAUUUCCCUAAUUUUUAUUCCAGAGUAACUUCAUAGCGGAGUUUUCGCGCCUCAAAUCGCUCAGCCACCAAAAAUGGAAAGCUGGUCAAAAAACCAUCAUCAGUUUAUGGAUGGAGUUACUAGCAAACAUCGCGUUCUAUCGAGAUGGUCAACAGAUGAUCAUCAAAAUCGAGGACCUUCUUCCUUUGCUAGUCGAGUUCUGUAAUUCGAACAGUAAAAAAAUCAACGAAGCCGCCAUGUUGGUUUUGAGGAAUCUGUGUUUUCAUGUUCCCAGUAAAACGUUGCUUCUCUCAAACGGUGAGUUGUCGAGCCUUGUUACUGUUUUAAACUAUACUAAACGGGAUUUGAUUAUACUGGACAACUCUGGUUACGGUUACACUGUAUCAGAGGAAUUAAACGAAAGACAUCAAAUUCUAUUGUUCUUCACAGGUGAAGUAAUGGAACUCCUUUUAAAGAACGUUGAUAAACCUUCUGUGUAUCUACGAGCUUUGGCCGCCUCGUCUUUAUGGGCAUUACUUACCAAUAAUCAAAAGGUCAGUCUCAUUAAUUACUUUUUGGCAGACUUUUUAUAAAUGCCCCUAAAAGACGUCACAAGAAUUAGGACUUGGUUUGGAAUUAUAACUGCAACAUUAAGAAUAAUUUAGGAAUAAAAAUUGGUUGUUGCCAAUAACCUACAUUUCAAGCGCUGUCGCCUAAUAAAUUACGUGGCAAUAAACUUGUUUUUCUUGUUUUAGGCCAAGAGUAUUCUUGCUAAACCUGCUUUGGUCGUGAAACGGUUAUCGGAUUCCAAACUUUCUCUGAAGCCAGCAACGCAAGGUACAUCGUGUGUCAGUUUUGUCUUCACUAACUUGGGGGUCCACACUCGACAAAACUCGUUAUUUGAAACAUUUUUAUAAAAAUUGGUCGAUACGGUCAAACGCAUAGACACAGACAUGUAACAACUGUAUGAUGCAUUCGUUUCUGUUUAUUUUAGAAUCUGUUGUUGAUGUGAGAGAGGAAAAACACAAGCAGCAAUAUGAACAGGCAAUUGAAAACAUUUUGAAAAUAUUAGGUUGUUAAAUCAUACUGUAUAUUAGAUGCUUAUUUAUAACAGACGUGGAAAUUUGAACAUAUGACUAUUGUUAAACAAUAUAUCAAAAAUAUUUUUCAUCCCAUUAAAUGCAUGGUUUGAAAAAUAUACUGAAACUUCACCAAUACACGCUUACGGAACGUAUGUCACCUUGGUUAUAGAGCCUCGUUGCGACCGGGCGUUAUAGGGAAUACAUGGCCGAUGUUUUACCAAAACAGUCGAUGAAAUUAUCCAUAAGAUUGUCACAUGAUUAGCGUUUCAUUUGUGUUCAAUUUGAGUUCAAAUGUGAAGUAGCAUUCAACACUAAAAUUCGAAAAAUUGCAUUAUUUUGACCACAUGUAUGUUCGCAAGAUUCAAUACUGUUUUUGAGUAUUGGCUUAUAAAAAUAUUAAUUACAUGUUUUACUUGUUGAUUUAAAAAAACAUAAUUAACGGACCACAGUCUUAAUCAUGCUUUGGCAAUUGUACGGAUGAAUUUCAGUGGAACUUUUGUUGAGAAAUUUCGUUCAGGUAAUGCGUCCAUGAACACACGUCAAUUCGACAUUAUGUACAGUACAUACAGUCGAUUACACAAAACCUCUUGUUGUGUAACCAUGCACAUAUAUACUCAGGAUUCCAUAAGCGUAUAGUUGCACCACCUUGUGCUGAUUAAUUCAACUUAUGCUCUUGUCUUUUGACCCCACGAAGUGAAGCUUUCGCUGUUUUGUCUUUGGUAUCGUAAGGACAUUUUAUCAAAUAUAGAGCCUCACUGUUGAGUCAGCACCGCAUGUGAAUAUCCAAGGCUGCGACGGAUGAAACGCACAAUCAAGGACACCUUAAAAAGCGGGUAGCACGUUAAAUGUUCAGUAUGAACUAUUCUGAAUGUUUAAGUCUGUCAAAUCGCAUGGUAUAAAAACCUACCAAGAUUUUCUGUUGGUUUGUGACCUCUGAGAAGUUUCACAGGAACAAUCAAUGGAUUUUGCAUCAAGUCACUAAAAAUUUAAGACAGUUGGCAAUGAAUAAAGAC